UAUCCAUCUCCAGACAAUGCUUGAGAAGAACCAGACGUUGGUCAGUGAGAUUGUUCUCUUGGGAUUUCAGAAUCUCCACAACUUCAAGAUUCCCCUGUUCUCUCUGUUCCUUCUGAUUUACAUUAUGACAGUUUGGGAGAACGUCCUCAUCAUAGUGUUGGUGUCCUCCAGCCAGAACCUCCAGUCCCCCAUGUACUUCUUUCUCCAGCAUCUGUCCAUGUCUGAUCUACUACAGACGGCAACUGUUGUACCCAUUCUACUGCAAACUGUAAUUAGUGACGGUGUCACAAUGUCCCUUGUUGGUUGUAUCUCUCAACUUUAUUUUUUUGCCUUCUCUGAAACAUUUCAGUCAUUCCUUCUAGCAGUAAUGUCCUAUGACAGAUAUGUGGCCAUCUGUAUCCCACUGCGUUACUCUUCUAUAAUGUCCCACAGGGUUUGUGUAAAAGUCGUUCUUAUGUCAUGGGUAACAAGUCUUUGUUCUACAUUGGUAACUGUAAAUAUGAUAGGAAACCUACAAUUCUGUGAAAAUAAAAACAUUGACCAUUAUUUCUGUGAUGUGGAUCCUCUUCUACAACUUUCCUGCUCAGAUACUUUCUUUGUGCAAAUAGACAUUAUUUUACUUUCUAUCCCAGUAAUGAUUUGCCCCUUUCUACUCAUCACUGUAUCAUAUAUGUGUAUUGCCCAUACAAUCCUAAAGAUAGUGUCCAAUACUGGGAGACAAAAAGCCUUCUCCACCUGCAGCUCCCACUUGGCUGUGGUCUCCAUGUUUUAUGGGACUCUCAUUGCUAUUUAUUUAGACAGCCCCAGUAAACAAUCACUGUCCAUUGUCAAAGUUGUCUCUUUAAUGUACACUGUAUUGAUACCUUUGCUCAACCCACUAAUUUACAGCUUAAGAAGCACAGAUAUAAAAGAAGCCUUUAAAAGACAAUUUAAAUAA